AUGAAAACUGAAGGUUUUUUGUCCGUCGCCGUGUAAUCAGUGCUUAAGCUCAGAUGUUAGCUGUCAACGUGACAGCUGUUAUUCAGUUUGAAAGGUGGUGUAAACAAAAACGAUCCUGGAAACAAGCGGAUCUUCGUUUGUAGCGCAUUGUAGUGAUCAAAUAAGUAAUAAGUUCAGCCAGGUUUAUUAAUCCACCAUCAUUUCAUCAUGAAAACACUGUUCGAGCAGCUAAAAACGCUUUUCGACUUCGAGCUUUACUCAAACACGGCAACUUUGGCCAAUCUCAUUCUCUCGAUAUACGACACAAACCGUGCCACGCUUAGCGCUGAGGAACAUUUCGGAACGCUCGUGUAUUAUGCCGAAUCACUGUUUCACGAACGACGCUUCCGGGAGGCGGAAACCGUCUACCGCCAAGCGCUGCAGCUGAAGCGGCUUUUAACGAAAAACAAAUCACCCAACUGUAAAACCACACCGGCCACUGUGCCCGGACAGGUUGACCUACAGUCGGAGGUGGAACUGAAGUACAAGACGGCUCGCUGUCUGAUCGAAAUGAAAUGCUAUCGUGAUGCGAUCGUCCUGCUGCAAUCCCUCGCACUCAAACAGCGCACGCCAAAGGUGAACAUGUUGCUCAGCAAGCUUUGCCACAAUCACGGUCACGAGCGCAGUGCCAUCGGGACGUACAAAGAGGUGCUGAAGGAAUGUCCACUCGCGUUCGAAGCGAUCGAAGGGCUGUUAACGCUGGGCGUCAAAGGGAUUGAGGUGAACUCGCUGAUCGUGGAUGCUACCCUAGCGCCACAGUGCAACGAAUGGAUGAGCAGCUGGAUCAAGGCGCACGCCAACAUCCAGGCCCGCAAGUACACCGAAGCCAUCCAAACGUUGCGUAGCAUCGAGGCGAACACCUGUCUCCGGAACUAUCACCAGCUGUUGGUGCUAAUCGGCGAAUGUCACUACCAUAAUGGCGAGUACGAGCAGGCGUACAUUACGCUAAAGCGAGCCCAUGCCAUGCAGCCACACUCGAAGAAUGGACUGCAGAUUCUGGCCAUACUGAUGGCGAAGAAUAAAAAGAUAGCCGAGCUGGAGAAACUCAUCACGCCAUCGCCGUCGCUGCUGAACGAGUACACGUCGGAGAUGUGGUUCGUGAUGGGCCAGUAUCUGUUUGCCACGGGCAAGUAUGAAAAGGCCGUUUACUUUGUGCAAAAGGCUUGCUUCCAGAACUCGCGCAACAUUGAAGCGUUGGUGCUGAAGGCGGAAGUGCUGUUUCAGGUGAAAAAGUAUCAGCAGGGCAUCGCUCACCUGCGGUACGGGCAACAGUUUGCACCCUAUCGGUACGAAAUUCAUAAAGCGCUGGUGGAUAACUAUAUAAACAUGGGCCGGACCCGGGAAGCGCAGCUACAAGCACUGAAGGCGGUCAAGGUGUUGGGUGAAUCGGCACGAUCACUGGUGCUUAUGGCCCGUACAUACAUGAAAGAUGAAAGUACGCGUCCGAGAGCGAAGGCUCUCUGUCUCAAGGCGCUCGAUAUGAACGAGAACUUCCUGCCCGCGGUGUACCUGCUGGCGGAAAUCUAUCUACGCGACAAUGAUCUCAGCGCUCGGUUGAAACUGCUGAAGAAGCACGCGAUGCUAUCGAAAAACUGCAAACUUCACGUGAUGCUGGGCGAAAUGCUAAACAAUGAAAAAGAUCAUUCCGGUGCGCUGGAACACUAUUCCAUCGCGCUCAACUUGGAUCCUACCAAUCGUAUCGCAAUGUCCGGACUGCUAAUGGUGGGACAAAACAAAGGCAGUACGAGCAGCAGUGGCACAUCGAACGCAGGUGCGUCCAGUUCCUACCUUGAGUCGAUGGUGGAGGAUGGUAGCGAUAUGCCGGACAAUCCGCUAGAGAUGAUCGAAAUCCGCACGACCGGUGCGAACGAAAUGGAAUCGGAAAGUGACGCGAUGUGGUCGGAUUUGGAAAUCGAAAUCAAUCAGUAGAAAGUGAGCGUGCCACGGUAAGAACUGUCGAAACGUAUUGGUGAUUGGUUAAUGUGGUGUAAUAUUUUACCUCUAAUAAAUUCUACUCUAUCUCCACUUUACUCGAGGAAA